AGAAAACUACUGGUAAUAUGUGGCAAAUUGAAGUCAGAUACUCUGUUCCCGGUUGAAGACGUGUACAAAUCAUGGAAACUCUGAAUUUAUCAAAGCCAAAAUUUGAAUUUACGUUGCCCACGAUAUCCUCUGAGGCGAAUGCUUUCCCAAACAACUGAGGGAUGCUGAUGAACAGUUCUACCUCCCAUUAGAGGUAAACGCUUUUUUUUUUCCUGUUUUGCUGAAUAAACUACGUUACUUCCUCUUCUAGCUGUACAAGCCUGCAGUUCACUACAGGAUAUCUGGGUAGAAAGGAAAUCACCAUACAAAGGCUUUUUCUAAGAAAAGACCACAAAGCUCAAGAUGGGAAGUAACAACCCAAACAGUAUUAUAUAGUAAAGUACACUGAUCUACAAAUGCUGGGUCACUACUGUCUCUUUGCAGCCAGCUAUAUCUUUGGGCAGAAGUCAUAAUUCCGCAGUUUACCUUGAUGAACAUACUGAGAUAUUCAAGAUGGGCAGCAACAGUACCAACACCACAGAGAGUAAUUGCAAUGUCACUCAUUUGACGUUUCAGGACUCUCUGUAUGCAACCACGUACAUCUUCAUCUUUAUUCCUGGUCUCCUGGCUAACAGUGCAGCGCUGUGGGUUCUGUGCCGCUUCAUCAGCAAGAAGAAUAAGGCCAUCAUUUUCAUGAUCAACCUCUCAGUGGCGGACCUUGCUCACGUCCUGUCCUUACCUCUGCGGAUUUACUAUUAUAUCACUCAUCACUGGCCAUUCCAGAGGGCCCUUUGCCUGCUGUGCUUCUAUCUGAAAUAUCUCAACAUGUAUGCCAGCAUUUUUUUCUUGACAUGCAUUAGCCUUCAGAGAUGCCUCUUUCUCCUCAAGCCAUUUAGAGCCAGAAACUGGAAGCGUAGAUACGAUGUGGGCAUCAGCGCUGCCAUCUGGAUCAUUGUGGGGACUGCCUGUUUGCCACUUCCCAUCCUGAGAAGUGCUGGCUUAGCCAGUAACAGUGAAUACUGCUUUGCUGAUUUAGGUCUUCAUGACAUUAGUAUGGCUUCCUCCAUUGUCAUGAUAACUGCCGCUGAACUUGGAGGGUUUAUAUUGCCCAUUGCAACUAUUACUUAUUGCACAUGGAAAACUAGAAAAUCUUUACAGGAAUUCCAAGAUCCACCUCAGAAUAUCAAAGAGAAGAAAAAGGCGUUGAGAAUGGUUCUAAUGUGUGCAGUGUUAUUCAUAGUGUGUUUUACUCCUUACCACCUCAACUUCCCAUUCUUUAUGAUGGUAAAGCAACGUGUCUUCUUGAACUGUUCCUUUAUUAAGAGCACUCUAUGUUUCCACAUCAUUUCCUUGUGUCUUGCAAAUCUUAAUUGCUGUCUUGAUCCAGUUGUGUAUUAUUUUAUGACUUCAGAAUUUCGUGAUCAAUUUUCAGAACAUGGCAGUUUGGUCAUCCAGUCAUGUUUGUGUUGUAAAGACAAUACUUUGGAAAUUCACCAGAGGAAGGAAUAUAUUCAGACUAUCUCUCUGGAAUGUUUGGAUGUUCUAACACAAUGAGAUGAAAUAAUCACCUAGAACAGCCUUUAUACUCUGGCAUGUUAGCCAUUUCAAAGUGAUACUGAAUGCCAUGAAGAAACACAGCCACUUCACUCCAAAUAAUCUUUCCACAGGAGUUCUCUAUGCCAAGAUUAUUUGUGCAGCAACUGAGAAAAAAUUGUCUUCACACAAAGCAAUAAUUGACUGAAAGAAUCUCACACCCAUUCCUCAGUAAUGGAUCCAAUAUUUUCUUCUUUAACAGAGAAAAAAUAUUAAAAUAUAGUGAACAUGUGUAAGUUAUAUAAACAUUGAAAAAAUCUACAUCAGAAUAUGACCCUAACUUUAUUUAGAAAAUAUACACUCCUUGAAUCAAUUGUGUUACAGGAUAACUUUUCAUAUUAAUAUGAAUUAUGGAAAUUAACAUUAUCAAACCUUAAGUUAAAGAAUUAAAACUGAAACUCUUUGAAAGUCUGUGAGUUUAUGAUUGAUGCAUACUUUUGUUUACUGUCAAUUUUUGGGCAAUAUUCUCAUAUAUUUGUUUAUUAAAAUCAAUCUGGCUAGGUGAUUGUUUCAUAAGUAACUUCACUUGAUGCACUUAAAUCAACAGGUAAUGAAGAAUCACACAAUACAUAUAGUGUUUAUUCUGUUGAAGUUUAGUUGAGCUUAAUUUUUUAUAUUAGAAUAUACCAAUGAACUGAAUCAAAUUCAGUCAUUAAUGCAGAACAAACAUUGCCAUUUAAAAAUGUCUGUAAUUGGGGGCUAGAGAGAUGGCUCAGUGGUUAAGAGCGUUCUCCGCUUUUCCAAAUGGACCCGGGAUCAAUCCCCAGCACCCACAUGGCAGCUCACAACUGUUUGUAGCACCAGUUCCAAGGGAUCUGACACCUUCACACUAAUACAUAUAAAAUUAAAAAAAAUUAAAUAAAUUUGAGUCUGGAGAGAUGGCUCAGUGGGUUAAGAAUGUUGUCUGCUCUUCCAAAGGACCUAGGUUCAAUUCCCAGCACUCACAUGACAGCUCACAACUGUCUGUAAUGCCAAUUCCAAGGGAUCUGACACCUAUAUACUAAUGCAAAUAAAAUAAAAAAAAAUUUAAAAUGCCUGUAAUUUAUUGUUAAUAUAAAUCAUUCUCACUGGAAAAUUUGGAGCUUACCAUUUUCAAGUACUGGAUAUCAUUAAACUGAAAUUUUAUAAAGCAAUGUUUAGUUUUAUAAAAUUGCUAUUUUUGUCUUGUCUCUACUUUUAAAAAUAGCCUUUAAAUUUUUAUUAUAUUUUUAGGUUAACAUAUAAGGAAAUGGAAUUCAUGGUGACAGUUUCAAAUACACACACACACAUAUAUUUGCAUAUAUAUAAACAUAUAUAUCAUUGUACUUGUUCUUAUUUACUUCCCACAGCCUUCUUUUGGCUGUCCUCCCAUUCUUGUUGAUGCCCUUUCUACCUCCUGCAUUUCCCUUUUUGCACUCUUGAAACAAAUGUUCUAUUACCUCCUGUAUUUGAUCAUACUUUGCAUGCAACCCUUUCCAUCUCUCCUUUCACGUUCUACUUUCAUGUUAUCUAUCUAUAUAUUGUAUAUAUCAUAUAUAUAUAUGAUUGAAAAUGUGAUAUUUGUCUGGCUUAUUUUGGUUAACAAACUAAUCUUCAGUUCCAUUCCCUCAAAAUGUUGUAUUUUAAUUCUUCUCUGCAGAUCAAUAAAAG